CAGCUGUAAGGCUUCUUUCCCAGCAUUCAUUGCAACUGUCUUCUUGUUGACGCAACUAUGGCGGCGUCGAUGGUGAAGCGAUGUUGCUCUCCUCUUCUUGUAUUUAAGCGCUUCUCUUCUCCUGAAUUGACAGCUUUAGCUUGCUAUCACAAAAAGGUGGUUGACCAUUAUGAAAACCCAAGAAAUGUUGGGUCCCUGGACAAGAAUGCCAAGAAUGUUGGUACUGGUUUGGUGGGUGCACCUGCCUGUGGUGACGUUAUGAAGUUGCAGAUUCAGGUGGAUGAAAAAGGAAAAAUAGUUGAUGCCAGAUUUAAGACAUUUGGUUGUGGGUCAGCUAUUGCAUCCAGUUCCCUGGCAACGGAGUGGAUUAAAGGAAAGACGGUUGAUGAAGCUUUAAAGAUUAAGAACACUGAAAUUGCUAAAGAACUUAGUCUUCCUCCUGUCAAGCUACAUUGCUCAAUGCUUGCAGAAGAUGCAAUAAAAGCAGCUUUGGCUGACUACAGACUAAAGCAAGAUAAUGAAAAAACCGUAGAAACAAGUAGCUGAACUGUGAGAAGCACAAAUAGCAAUCUCAUAUUCCACCUAAUUGUUAUGCUUUCUUAAAUGAAUAGGAAAUUGUUAGGUUAUGUUCUCUUGAUCAAUACACUGAAACGCACAAUGUAAUAUAACUAACAGCUUUAGGUGUUUCUCUUAAUUGAAGCAUCAGCAAGAGAAAUACCAGCAUGUUUUGUUAGCAGAUGUUUAUAAUAAAUGUAUGUUUUACUAAGGAAGCAGUGUUUUAUUUUUUUAAAUACAAUUAGUGAAUUGUAGCCUAGUAAAUAUUUGCAAAAAUUGUACCACUAAUUGAGUAAUCACCAAAAAAACUCUGAGGAAUAGAAUUUUUUUUCCCCAUUUGAUACAGUGUAACUGAGAAACGUUCUUAGUUGUGUAGAUUAUAAAAAUGUGCAUUUGGUUACAGUCAUAGCAGAACUGUCAUGACUGUUUUAUUGAAGUAGUGAUUGGGUUAUUUUAAAUGUAAAAUUCUUUACAUUUCCUUGCAGGUUAAAUACCAAUGUUAGAUGCUAUAGCUUACUUACCCUUUUUUGUUUUAUUGUUUUAGUCACUUGCUGCUAUUGUCUGCAAUGUCUAAUAUGCAAUUUUGAGUAAAAUAUAAUAAUUUAAAGUGUUAAGCUGCUGUUUGUUUCAUGCUUAUUCAAACAUGAACUUUUUUUUUUCUUGCUACAGUAUGUUUCAUUUGAUAUUUUGCAUUGUUUGAUAGUAAGGUAAUGUGUCAGGCUUUUAAUGCAGUGUAAGUAAUCCUCUUGUUUAAAAUUGUUUUGUGUUGGACAUGCUGUAGUUAGAAUUAUGGUAAAAAUUCCAGUAAGUGUUCCUUUGUUCUACAGCUUUUAAUAUUUCACCUUUUAUUCUUUCCAUCAUCCAAUAUUCUAGUCUUUUUAAUUAAAUAUAGAUUUCAGUCAUUUCUUUUAGCUAUUCCUUGCUGUUUGCCAUUAGACUGUUCUUUUUUUUUUUUUCUUCAGCAUGUCUCAUUUCUUACCUUGGAAUUGGUACGGUUUUGUACUUUUUCUUUCCAUUGCUUCUAAUGCAAUUAUAUUUAGUUAACUGAAUUUUUCUAUUUUCUUCAAGAGACACAUUUCAGUUCGCCACCAAUAUGAAGAAGUGUGCAGCGUGUUAAUUUUUUUUUUUUUGUUUUGUUUUUUUUCUGUCCAAUGCACUUGAAAGUCUGCAGCUUAAACAGACUUUUAUUGGUAGCAGUGGUAAAGUCAGAGAAUACUGUUUGUGGCAUUGCCAAGGGAUGGUUCUACAAAAGACUUUUCACUGUCCUGGCAGAGCACUUCAGUACCACAUAGUUCUACUUUUUACGUUUUGUCUUGUUCUGCUAGAUGACUUUCUAUAUGUAGGUGUCUGUUGAUGCUGGCAUCUUUUGCUGUUGCACAACUCAAAUGCCAGCUUUUUCCAUGGAAUUAUGUUCAAGAAGCCUGUAACAGUUGAGCCAGCAUUCCAGUAUAGGUCAUUACCUACCAUUUAUACUAGUAAUACAUUCAGUUUUAUAACUGAAAAAAUUGUUAAAAAUAUGGAGUAAUAUUCAGUGGGGAAACAUUUUAUGCCAUUAAGAUUUAACAUAAUUAGGGUGUUAGAUAUUCACAAGUGAACUUGCAUCAUGUUAUUGACUAAUAAAAAAAAUGUGAAGGUGAAGUAAUGCAAUGUGAACUUGUUGAAGGCUAGUAAAAAUGAGGUAGAUUCUUUCAUUUCAAAGCCCACCUAGUUUAAAAGAGAUGAUUAAUAUAUUUUUAUACACACAAUUUAGAUUUAAAAUGCUUAUCCAUGAACACAUUUGAGCCUCCGACGUGAUAGUUUAUAUAAGUGGUGUUGAUGUGGAUGGAAAACUGAUGAAGCUUGCUUACUAAUUAUUAAGCUGCACUGUCUUCACAAAGAAGAGUGAAAAACCCAUUGAUUAAGACUGUGAACAUGUAAGAAUAUAUUUUGCAUUUAGCCAGUUAAGAGAAAUUAAUUCAUUAGUCAAAGCACUAGAUUUUAGGUACUUGUUAGCCAAAUCAUAAAACAAAAAUGAUAAAAUAAGCAUUGUCAGAAAAUAGAAUAAUUAUAAUAGAAAAUGUGCCUUUCUGUUGCAGCUAGUAACAUAACCCUUCUUAUAAGCAUCAUUAGUUAUAUAUUGAGAUACUGUAUGUAGCAAAUUUUUGCAGAUAUCCUAUUUCCUUGGUGGUUGCCUAACUUCUGAGGAAAGUACUGAGGAGUCCUACCGCUAAACUGUGGAGAAGGACCAGAGUUUUGGUACUUAAACACCUUGCUGAUGACAAGUUAUGUACAAUUGAUUGAUUUUUGUUUUUUUUUUUUUUUUUCAACUGUCACAAUUCAUAUGUAGAUUUUAAAUUAUUUUUUGGAUAGUGAAAUGUUUAUUUCUGAUAUCAACAUUAAAUCAAUAGCAAUCUUUAGUCAUCUUUUUUUUUUUUUUUUCAAAAGUUGGGAUCCGUUCUGCCCCCUAAACUGGAUUAAGUGCAUCUGAUGUUAAAGGAAUGAAUGUUCUCAAGUUAAUAAAUGUAACUACAUUUGUAAAGUUAAAACUAUUUUUGUUAAAACCUUGUAUUUAGAAUAAACUCUGGGUGAUUGUGAGAUUUACAAGCUGCUUAAUGUGCUGUUUAUCUUCAAAUUGCAGUUAUACACAAUAAAAAUGUCUAAAAUACA